AUGGCGCAGCUGCCGCCCAAGAUCCCCACCAUGGCGCCGGCAUGGCCGGAGUUCGGGGGCGGGCACCACCACCACGCCCACCACCAUCACCAGCGCAGCCCCUCCGUGGGCACGUUCCUCGCCGCACCCAUGCCGCCGCUCCCGCCGCCGCAGCAGCAGCACCAGCAGCCGUCGUGGGUCGACGAGUUCCUCGACUUCUCGGCCGCCAAGCGCGGCGCGCACCGCCGCUCCGUCAGCGACUCCGUGGCCUUCCUCGAGCCCGGCCCCGACGACGGCAAUGCCGGCGUCGGGGCGCACGACUUCGACCGCCUCGACGACGACCAGCUCCUGUCCAUGUUCUCCGACGACAUGCCGCCGCCGCCGUCGCAGCAGCAAGCCGCUCCCGCGCCCGCGCCCGUGGCGAGCUCGUCGUCGCCGUCCGACCACAACAGCAUCAAUGACGAGAAGACGGACAGGGGCGAGACCGAGGAGGCGCAGAGCAAGUGCCACGGGGACGACGCCGCGCCGGGGCAGCCGGCCUCCGCCGCCGCAGUCGAUCCCAAGCGUGUCAAGAGGAUCCUGGCGAACCGGCAGUCGGCGCAGCGGUCGCGCGUGCGCAAGCUGCAGUACAUCUCGGAGCUGGAGCGCAGCGUCACGUCGCUUCAGACGGAGGUGUCGGCGUUAUCCCCGCGCGUUGCCUUCCUCGACCACCAGCGCUCGCUGCUGACGCUGGGGAACAGCCACCUCAAGCAGCGAAUCACUGCGCUCGCGCAGGACAAGAUCUUCAAAGAUGCUCAUCAGGAGGCACUGAAGAAGGAGAUCGAGAGGCUGAGGCAAAUCUACCACCAGCAGAGCCUGAAGAAAGCCGAGUCGCCCCCAGCGCCCGACGCGGCCCCGAUCCGCAGCGACAAGGACCUGAUCGCCAGCGAGGGGACCGCCGCGCCCGCGCCCUGCCCGCCCUCGUGAUAAGGAGACCAUCCAUCCGGUCGCUGUAGUGGGGGGUUGGCCUCCGCCUGUCGUCCAUGACAACGAGGUGUUGUGUUGCUAGGAUUGAUUGGUGCAAUGUUUGGGUUUGUGCAUUCUUUGGGGUGUGAUGUGAUGUAAAGAGAAAACUGGGUUGGUUUGGUUUGUUCAUUCUUGCAUCCUCUGUCUGCUGGCUGCUGCUGCCGUGCCUGCUGCUCCUCCCUACCUCCCUGAUCUGUAAUUUUUGUUUGUGCAUUUUGGGCGAAGGUUGUAGGAAAAGAUCGUCAAAUGUAAUUCAGAUUGGUUGGGGACAAUUUGUCUGUUUGGGGUGGGUUUUUUUUUGUAUCUGAUCGAUCAUUCAAAAAAAUGCAUGUUUCCAGAA